AUGGACGCGGCAGCAGAGAAGGCCGGGGCCCAACAGCAUGAGCUGAAGGGGGGUGCUGCCGAGCUGGAGACGGCCUUCGCGCUGGAUCCCGGGCGGCGGGCCGAGGUCGAGAAGAGCCUGAAGCGCAAGCUGGACGCGCGGUGCUCCUACUUCAUCCUCCUCUACAUCAUGAACUACCUGGACCGCAACAACAUCGCGGCGGCGCGUCUCAAGGGCCUGCAGGACGACCUGAAGCUCUCGUACAACGAAUACGCGACCUGCCUGAGCAUCCUCUACGUCGGCUACAUCCUGAUGCAGGUGCCGUCCAACAUGGCCAUCAACCUGGUCUCGCGCCCGUCCCUCUACAUCGCCUGCUCCAUGAUGAUCUGGGGCCUGAUCUCGACCCUGUCGGGCCUCGUCACGGGCUUCGGCGGCAUGGUGGCCGUCCGCUUCUUCCUCGGCUUCGUCGAGGCCGCCUUCCUGCCGGGCGCCCUCCUCAUCCUGUCCAAGUGGUACACCCGCCGCGAGCUGACCACCCGCAACGCCCUCCUCUUCUGCGGCAACCUCAUCUCCAACGCCUUCUCCGCCCUCGUCGGCGCCGGCGUCCUCUCCAACAUGCAGGGCGUCCUCGGCCACGCCGCCUGGCGCUGGCUGUUUUACAUCGAGGGCGCCGCCACCAUGUUCUUCGCCGUCCUGGCCGCCAUCAUCCUGCCCGACCUGCCGCACAACUCGCGCGGCUUCACCGAGGAGGAGCGCUACGUGGCCCAGCUGCGCAUGACCGAGGACGUCGGCACGGCCGACAGGGACGACGAGCCCGGCCAGACCGUCUGGACCGGCCUGAUCCUCGCCGGCAAGGACCCCAAGGUCUACCUCAUGAUGUUCACCCUCACCGCAUACGUCGUCGGCCUCUCCUUUAACGCCUUUUUCCCUACCCUCACCGGCACCCUGGGCUUCGACUACGUGCCCACGCUGCUCAUGAGCGCUCCCCCCUGGGUGUUUGCCUGCUUGGUCUCGCUGGUGAACGCGUGGCACUCGGACCGCACCCAAGACAAGUUCUGGCACAUUACCGGCCCGAUCGUGCUGGGCCUGGUGGGGUUCGUGAUCAGCAUGUCGACGCUCAACGUGGCGGCGCGGUACGUGGCGCUGUUCCUGCAGGCGAGCAGCUACGCGGGGUUCAUCGUCUUCUACUCGUGGAUCUCGUCGUCGUUCCCGCGCCCGCCGGCCAAGCGGGCCGUCGCCAUCGCCAUGAUCAACGCCUUCAGCCAGCUCGGCAACGUCGCCGGCUCCUACGUCUGGGACCUCGAGGAGAACGGGUUCCGCAAGAGCUACGGCAUCGUCACCGCCAUGUUCGGGGUCGCCAUCGCCGGCUGCCUUGCCUUCCGAAUCAUCCUCGUCCGCCUCAACCGCCAGCUCGACCGGCAGGAGCAGGAGGAGGAGGUUGGCGCGGGCCCGGGCACGGGCACGGCCGCGGCCGUCGACGCGGACCGGCCCGAGCAGCGGAACAAGGGGUUCCGGUAUCUGGUGUAAGCGGGGGGGAUUUGGGAGUUGGGUAGAAGAGUGUUAUUUUUUUUUUUUUUUUUUUUGUAAUCUCAAGACGCAAGAAAGCGAGGAAAAUGAACAGCAU